GAAGAAUUCGAGCGCUCCAAUGGGACCUUUCAUGCAGCCAUCUCGGACUUCAGCUGUGCAAUCUCAACAAGGCCUCCAGGUCAGGUGCCUAGCGCCCUACUCUUUGCAGCCACAUUUGCCUCGCUAGGGCCCAACUCUGAGUCCAGUUCCAACCCAUCUUCACUCGAUUGUCUCACUGGGUUCACCAGUACAGUCCAGCCAGCAUGGGCCUCGUUCGGAGGUCCUAAUGGUCUUCUUCAUCACCGUGGCAACACUCUUCUUCUCGCGCCUGAAAUGGCCACAAAGUUGCUACCAGACUUUCUGGAUGAUCACUUCGAAUGUGACUAUCAAUUUCGCGCCCAGCAGCCGAAAUGCGCUUUUGAAUCGAGAAAGUUUGGUCUGGGCCGGGCUUCAGAUGCUAACAUGGCUGCGGGUGUUUCUUUCACGGAAAAAUCGCACAGUCAACUGAACGACGCGUCAUCUGUUCCGCAUGCAGGCCUCACAGAGCCUGUUCAACUGUCGGGGAUGGAUUAUGCACGUGCUGACUGUUGGGCCAUGGCUACAUUGGCCUACUGCCUAUUCGGCGAGUCGAAUCCUUUCCUUGAAGGGGUACGUAUGAUUUGCUAA